GCUUUCCCCAGGCCGGCCCCCACCCGCGUCGGACCGUAGCGCGCAUUGCCGACACGGCAUGCGGCGCGCGCACACCGGGGCCAGCGCAUGCGACAUGGGAAACCAUCCAAGUGUUUCGCAACAACCGCACGCACUUAUAGGGCUGCUCUCCUCUCUCAGCAUGCAUUUGGACCCAUGCUCUGACAGUAUAUAUCUCCAGCAGACAGCAGCAGCAGCAGCAGAAAGGGUACACGCUCUAUGCCCAGCACAAUUCAUCGGUGCAGCCAACUGUGCACAUUACGCACCGCCGUACAGAGUGCCCGCAGCCUCGCAGAGAGACACUUCGUGCAGAGCACGCAGGCAGACAUGCGGGCGGUGAGCAUCCACGUGUGCGCGGCGGGACUGCCUCUGGGGCUGCUGCUGCUACUGCCACUGGCCACCACGUUGGCCGAGGGAUCUCCCGUGGCAGCGCCAUCCCAUCCGGCCAGGUUUUGGUUGGGACGCGAAACGCACGCGAGGCACCACGAGGGCGACCGGAGCAAGUCGAGCGGCGAGGCGCGCCACAGGAAGGCGGAGUGCGCCGCCUGCGCCACGGCGUCGCUGCACCUCUCCGACUCGGAGCAAGGGGAGCAGCUCCUCGUGGAGGCGGUGAAGCGCCACAUCCUGGACAAGCUGGGGCUCAAGGAGCGGCCCAACAUCACGCACCCCGUGCCGCGCUCCGCGCUGCUCGCCGCGCUCAACGGGCUGCGCUUGCAGGAGGAGAACUGGGACGAGCGGCGCAACGAGGGCGACAGGGCGGCGCACGACUCCUCGGAGAUCAUCAGCUUCGCCGAGUUCGACGGCGGCCACUCAUCGGAGAUCCACUUUGCGCUCUCCAAGUCGGGCGAGCAGAGGCCUCCUGUGCUGCGCGCAGACCUGUGGCUCUACGUGCACACGGGCAACGGCGGCGCAAGCGGCGCAAGCGGCAACGGCACCGCCACCUUCCACGUGCGCGAGCGCCACGGUGCCGGCACCGCCGCCGUGCAGCGUCGCGUGGCGGUCUCCAGCCGGAGCCACUGGACCACCUUCCCGCUCACGAAGGCCGUGCAGGCGGCGCUGUCCCGGGGCGCGGCGGGCCUGAGCGUGCGCGUGACGUGCGACGGCUGCCAGGGGGCCGGCGGGGUGAGGGCCACCCUGGGUCCGCGGUGGGGCGACUCGCCCGACUCGGACUACCGGCCCUUCCUGCUGCUGCACUUGGGCUCGGACGCGGCACACCGCGUGAGCAGGCGGGACCUGCAGUGCGACGACCGCUCCGACCUGUGCUGCCUGCACCGCUUCUUCGUGGACUUCCACAAGAUCGGCUGGAACGACUGGAUCAUCCAGCCGAGCGGCUACCAGAGCAACUUCUGCCUGGGCAAGUGCCCGCUCUACAUGGCCGGCACGCCCGGGGCAUCCGCGUCCUUCCACAACGCCAUCAUCAACCAGUACAGGCUGCGCGGAGUGGAGCCCAUGGCCUCGAAGAACCCGUGCUGCGUGCCCACUCGCCUCACCUCCAUGUCGAUGCUGUACCUGGACAAGCAGAACAACAUCAUCAAGAAGGACGUGCCCGACAUGGUGGUGGAAGAAUGCGGCUGCGCGUAGCGGCGCCGACUCGUUUCUUCUUUUCUUUGACGCGAGAGACUGCGACGCCGCUCUGGGCACGUGGAGAGCGAAGCGGCGGCUUCAUCACGUUGGGUGGCGGGGCACCCACGCGUGCCCGCACCCCGUGGCAGUGACCCCCAUGGGUGGGAUCUCACAACAGGGACCCCUACUCCUAGGACCCUACGGGUGGGAUCUGAUGGGUGGAACUCGGCUGAAUGAACCCCACGUCACCGGCACUGCACCUGGACUGUGCUCUGAACCAAGGGUUUUUUGGCUGCGUGCAUCACUUAAAGGAAGGACGCAAACUAUAAAGCAAACGGCUCUUAUCUUGUAGACGCAAGUGCACACCCAGGCUGCAUGCCACGCAUCCCCAGCGCAAGCACAAAGUUUCGUUCGCGGAAAUAAAUUCCGACAAAGUGACUUUCCGGCAGCACAUUCACAGCACUCGAGCGUUUUUCGCCGAAGUGAUGUGGGGUCAUCAAACGUCUAGAAUUCACUACACGAGAAGAGCACUCUGUAAACGUUACCAUAAGUUACGUUUUGAUCAUCAAUAUAGUUGCAGGCCACGGUCGAACAGCCAGCGAUGCGUCGCCUUGGGCAGCCGUUUGACAAAUCCAAUGGCCGCGUUGUUUGGGUUGUGUUGUCUGUCUAGGCUGAGCCACAUUCGAGCUGAUAACACUUGAAAACAUUUGCAACAUUUAGCACCGAUGGAAAUGUUGAAUAUUGUAGAUGGUUGCUUUUUUGUAACUUAUGCAUUUGUCCUUCUAGUAACUUUAGUUGUUCGGUUAUAGCAGAGCGCUAGCUCACUUCAGCCACCUUGUACAGGCCGUAUUUAAAAGAGAGCAAUGUUUGGAUUCAUUGAAAAUGAACACAUACUUCGCUACUUUGUAUUUCUUGCUAAGUAUAUAUUACAAUUUUCAAAUGCGUAAGUACAAGAUUGUUUUUAUAUAACUAUAUAUAUGUAAUAACUUUGUUCAUAACGUUGACACCAUGGCACUUGUGCGUGACAACAAUGUGUAAAACAUCUUACCACGUGCUCACACCAGCAAGCCGCCUACACAAUGCAAGUUUGUUAUUUUGCUU